UGGUAGGAUUCGUAAGAAGGCAGUUGCAGCUACACAAACCAGAACUCAGAAGAUUUCCGGUAAAGCUAAGAAGGUACUGAGAUGGAGGACCGUGAUAGGAUUGCAAUGGCAGCACGUGGGAGAGCCCCCCCGGGUCAAAGACCACACCAGAACAUCCAGACAUGGGCCUCAGAAACAAAAAGUACCCACAUCCGAUGGAGCGGCAGCGGUGUCUUGGGGGAAGUGAGUGAGCCUGUGGCUGAACACAUUGAUGAGCAGGAGAGUAAACCCGGAGAUAAAUCUUUUGAAUCAUUCAAGACUAAUGACAAUGAAACCACAGAUUACAUCAGUGGAAAAAAGAAGAAAUCGAGUCAAACAGAAAUUGAGACACUGCUUGACAGACUUCACCUUCAAGACAAAGUUCAACAGAAGUUGCCAAAAGCAGAUUUUCUUCAAAUACGUCCACCUGGGAAACAGAUGGACCAUGAAACAUCUGAGAAAGAUCUAGCUUACAUUUUUCUCCAUAGGCUGAUAAUGUUGAACUACAAAGCCAGAUAUAUUCCUGUAAGAUCAGACAGUCCUGAGGUGACCAAUUUAAAGCCCACAAUGUUUGACAACAGUGAGAUAGAUGACAAUGAACUAGAGGAAUUGUUUAAAACCACUGCAGGCACAAAUAAAAAUGAGAAGGCUCAUGUGCAUCCAAUGGACGUUCAGAUGGCAGUAUUUCACUGCUCAGACAGCUUCCUUAAACAGAUGAUGAUUACGAAGCUCUCUCAGUGUCAGUAUGCCUUACCUUUACUUGUUCCUGACCCAGUUACAAAGGAGAUUCAGUUUCCUCUGUGGACCUACAGAGAGAUAACAAAAACCUGGAAGGUAACUCAAAUCAAAGAUGACCCUAAGAUCAUCACCAUGAAGAGUGUUCCAGUCUACAAAGCUGAAACACCCUUGGUGUCAUUUUUCCGCCUGGGUUCUUUGUCAGUGUCUAAAUCUCAGCUGAUGAACACUUUGAUCAACAACCGUCACGACACCUUCUUCCACAGAAACUGCCCAGGAAGCACCAAGUCUCGCUAUCUGAUGGAUGGUGUGGCAGAGAUUGCCUGGUACUGCCCUGCUGGAAAACCCAAUGAUGCCUUCAAUGACUGCAUUGCCUUCUGUAAUCUCCAUGGUGAUGCUCUGUUGAUUAAAAAACAGCGUGACAUACUGAUUGAAAAAUCUUCCAUCAAUAUUUUUCUUGUGGCAUCUUUGCAAAGCAAUGAAGAAAGUCGAUCACUUAUAUCAUCUCUUUUUAAAUCUCAUAAGCCUCUCAUUUGUUUAAAUAUUGAUGACAGUCGUGAUGCGGUUAAGACAAAAAAUGGAAAUUACAUAAUGGGCCUCAAAGACAAAAACCACUCAGGUGUAUCUGAACAGCUAAAAAAGAUCAUCAGAGAAGUUUUGUCUUCUCUAGAAUUUUCCAGCUUGAAACCAUCCUUCCAGCUUCGUUUCCAGCUUGAAUCCAUGGCUGAGCUCUCUGGAGUCAGAGUGGAUGAAACUGACCCAGGAAUCAAAGAGAAGGAAACUGACCCAGCCUAUGAUGUUUCUUCAAUUCUCAAAAGUUAUGAUGAAAAGUGGUCUGAGGUUUUGGCUUUGAAGAAAAAACAGGACAAAUCAGAUCUGUUAUUAAAAAAACAAACUGAACUUGAAGACAUAUCAAAGAAACUUCAGUCUGCAACUUUUGGUUUGGAGCACAUCUUCAGAGAAAUGGGACAGAUCUAUGAAGCCCAUAAAACAACACAAAGAGAGAGCAGACACUCUGACUGGUCUAAAUACCCUGAGCUGGCUGCACAGCUGAUGAUAUCAGGACACCCGAUGGAGCUGAUGGAUGGUGAUGCAGGUCAUGUGCCUCUAACAUGGAUCUCCAGUCUUUUAGAAGAAGUCAUCAAGAAACUGGGGGACCAGAGAGUUUUUGUGUUGUCAGUUUUGGGCCUACAAAGCAGUGGAAAAUCAACAAUGCUGAACACCAUGUUUGGGCUGCAGUUUGCAGUGAGUGCUGGCAGGUGCACCAAAGGUGCCUUCAUGCAGCUGCUCAAAGUAUCAGAGGAGAUGAAGAAAGACUUGAAGUUUGACUAUGUUCUAGUGGUGGACACUGAAGGACUGCGUGCUCUUGAGUUAGAAGGUAACAGCACUCUUCAUCAUGACAAUGAACUGGCAACACUUGUUGUUGGUCUGGGAAACAUGACACUGAUCAACAUCUUUGGAGAGAAUCCUUCUGAUAUGCAGGACAUCCUGCAGAUUGUUGUUCAGGCUUUCAUGAGGAUGAAAGAAGUUAAACUUUCUCCCAGUUGUGUGUUUGUUCACCAGAAUGUCACAGAUGUUGCAGCAGCAGAGAAAAACAUGGAUGGAAAGAGACGCCUGCAGGAAAAACUGGACCAGAUGGCCAAACUAGCAGCCAAAGAGGAAGUUUUUAAUGCAGAGUGCUUCAGUGAUGUCAUUGAUUUUGAUGUUCAGAAAGAUGUGAAAUACUGUGCCCAGCUGUGGGAGGGCAGUCCACCCAUGGCUCCUCCAAAUCCAGAUUACAGUGAGAGCAUCCAGGAAGUGAAGAACACCAUCCUCUCUAAAGCUUCAAAGUCUGCUGGGAUCACUCUCUCACAGUUCAAAAGCAAAAUUCAGGACUUGUGGACUGCACUGCUGAAUGAAAGUUUUCUUUUCAGUUUUAAAAACACACUUGAAAUUUCAGUGUACAGAAAACUGGAAGUCCAGUAUGGGAGCUGGACCUGGACCCUGAGGAGCAACAUGUUGACCAUUGAAAACCAACUUCAUAACAGAAUUGAAAAUGGAAAACUUGAUGAGGUUGAACAAUCUUACCUUUUUAAAGAAACAAACAAAACAUAUGAAGAAGUCAGAAAAGAAAUGACAAAGUACUUUGAGGAUGACAAAGACAGAGAGAUCUUGGCUCAGUGGAGAGGACGAUUUCAAAUAGACAUUGAGGAAUUUCUUACUAAUCAAGUGAAAAUGGUGAAAAUAAAACUGGAUGGAGUUAUCCAGCAGAAGAAAGCUUGUAAAAAACUGGAUGAGAAGAAAUCAGAGUUCGAGAACAAACUGCUGCAAAAGAGCAAAGAGCUCGCUAAGAAACUGAAGGAUAAGGCCAAAGAUGAAGUGGAACUUCAAAGGCAGUUCAGCUCUGUUUGGAGCGGCUGGGUUGCUGAAUUAACAUCAGAUAUAGAACCGAUUAAAGACAUCGACUUGGAAAAAGAUAAGUCAAAUAUCAUUGAAAAACUUGGUUUUGAGCAAACUCUCACAGAUAAAUGCAAAAGUAAUGGCAGAUACAAAAGAUUAUCAGACGUUGGUAAAUAUUCAGAAUAUAUGACGACAGGUCUGUUGGUUGAUUUUUGCAAAAAAUAUACUUCAAGAGGUGGUUUUUCCUAUGAAGAACAACAACAGAUCAGAUCGCUCAUUGUCCAAGCUGAAGAAGAGUCACUUCAUGCAAUCAAAAACAAACCUGUAGCUGCAAGAGGCUACUCAUCAACUUAUUUGUGUGAAGUGGCCAAUCAUGUGACAGAAAAAGUUCAGAAGUUUUUGUCAGAGAGGAAAUACAAUUUAAACAAGGAGUUUAAAGUUGAUCUCUUGCUCUAUGUGUUCUACAAGGCAGAAAGUUGGCUUCUACAGUCACACAAGAAAUUUAAAAUGAACAAUGAUCCAAUCACUUAUUUGGAAAGCAAGAAAACACAGUAUUACACAGCUUUUAGAAGCUUUUGUAAAGAAAACUCAUCUGCUGUUGUGCUUGGAGAACUGAUCUGUGAGAAACUGAAAGUGUCCACUGUUGAGGCUGUCUGUAACAAGACUGCCAUUGAUCUCGCUGGAAGGAUGAGGUGUAAUUUCCCAGCAUUCAAUGGGAACAGACUGAACUUGGAACAACAUAUGUUGAGGUCACUCGCUGAGAAAGAAAACUUUGAUGAUUUCAUCACCUACAUCACAAAUCCAAGGAAACAAACAGAAGCUUUCAUUAAAGCAGAAGUGCAGCAAUACAUCUACAUGAGUCACAAAGAUGAAGCUGUGAAUAUACUCAAGAAAAAUGUUGAUGACAUCCAAAAAACCGUGAAUCAAGCUUUAUUUACUGCAGUAAAAAAAGUCCAAUAUCAGAGAGGAGACACAGAAAUGUGGCUGAAUGAAUUUUGUCAUGUCCUAAAGGAUGAGCUGACAUUUGACAACAUUCCUUCUGAAAACUUCACUGACAUAAAAAAAUGUGAUUUCCUCAAGGAAGAGAUAGAAAAAGGAUUUGAACCCAUCAUUAAGGACAUGUAUAGCCUCUCCUUGGAUAAGAUGAAGGAAUCCAGGGAGAAGCCUGAAGAAAUCCUCAUAGAUCAGCUGUGUAACUGCUGCUGGGUAAAGUGUCCAUUCUGUGCAGCUGUUUGUACCAACACCAUCGAAGAUCACAGUCCUAAUGACCACAGCACUCCUUUUCAUCGACCUGAUGGGAUAAAAGGAUGGCACUAUAAAGACACAGUAGAGCUCAGCGUCACCUUCUGCACAACAAAUGUUGCAAGUGAUGGCACUUUUUACCCUGAAUAUGAUUCAAAGGAAGCCAUUCCCCACAAACAAUACAAAACUGCUGGUCCGCCGUAUGAUACCUGGAGCAUCACCCCUGAUGGGUCUAAUCUGGCAUAUUGGAAGUGGUUUGUAUGUCAGUAUCAAAAACAACUGGAAGAGCACUAUGGGAAAAAGUUCAUGGGCAGAGGAGAGAUUCCAGACCAAUGGAAAGACAUAUCUAAAGAAGAAGCCAUUAAAAGUCUGGAUGAAAUGUAUUAAUGAGUCAAAGAAACUGCAAAUCUGCUGAAAGUCUUGAUUACCUGCUUUCACCCAAUAACUCGUUAAUCCAGCUGUGACAGUCUGAUUUUGUCUGAGUCUGUAAACUAUUAACACAAAGAAGAUGAUAUGAGAGACUUUAAGUUAACUCACAAGAAAACACAAAGAGAAAAAACACAAGUCACAUUCUCACUGUUGCUUCCAUCUAGGCUUUCAAAGUUUGUCCAGAUAAACACAUUUCUAACCUAAUUUUGUUCAUUGCGGUAUCGUUUACCUGUUCAAAACAAACAUUUUUUGUUUAUCAAAUAGUCGAAAAUGGAAGGAAACUAAAUGCAAAAACUGCUGUCCAAUGAGUUAACCAUCUCCAUCUUCUAAAUUAUAGGUGUCAAACUCUGGCCCGCAGGCCAAAUUUGGCCCGCAGC